CAGGAGCUUCUGCGUAUGAACAUUGUGCCUAUCAUCAACACCAACGAUGCUGUGGUGCCCCCGCCUGAGCCCAACAGCGACCUGCAGGGGGUAAAUGUGAUCAGCAUUAAGGAUAACGACAGCCUCGCCGCGCGUCUGGCGGUGGAGAUGAAAGCUGACCUGCUCAUUGCUCUCUCUGAUGUGGAAGGAUUAUACAACAGCCCUCCUGGAACAGAUGAUGCCAAGCUCAUUGACAUCUUCUAUCCUGGAGACCAGCAGUCCAUUACAUACGGCACCAAGUCCAGAGUAGGGAUCGGUGGCAUGGAGGCCAAGGUUAAGGCUGCUCUCUGGGCCCUACAAGGUGGUACGUCAGUGGUCAUCGCCAAUGGCACUCACCCAAAGGUGACAGGCCACGUCAUCACUGACAUUGUGGAAGGCAAGAAGGUGGGAACUUUCUUCUCCGAGGUCAAACCUGCUGGCCCCACUGUGGAGCAGCAGACAGAAAUGUCCCGCCACUCCGGAAGAACUCUGGCAUCCCUGGACCCAGACAAGAGGAGUGAGAUCAUCUGCCACCUAGCAGAUCUGCUGACUGAGAAGAGGGAUGAGAUCCUGGCCGCUAACAAAAUGGACAUGGACCUCGCUGUCAGCCAGCUGCCACCUGCCAUGCUGAAACGGCUGAGCUUGUCGACCUCCAAACUCAACAGCCUGGCCAUAGGUCUGCGUCAGAUUGCCGUGGCUGCCCAGGACAGCGUGGGUAGGGUGCUACGCAGGACCAGAGUGGCUCACAAUCUGGAACUGGAGCAGAUCACCGUUCCCAUCGGGGUUCUGCUUGUUAUCUUUGAAGCCCGGCCCGACUGUCUGCCACAGGUGUCAGCAUUGGCCAUUGCCAGUGGGAACGCCCUGCUGCUGAAGGGAGGUAAGGAGGCGACCAAUACCAACCGUAUCCUCCACCAGCUCACCCAGGACGCCCUCACCAUGCACGGUGUCAGGGAAGCUGUGCAACUGGUGAGCACUCGAGAGGAGGUGGAGGACUUGUGUCGCCUGGACAAGAUGAUCGACCUGAUCAUACCGCGGGGGUCGUCUCAGCUGGUGAGAGAAAUUCAGCGGGCGGCCAAAGGCAUUCCUGUGCUGGGUCACAGCGAGGGAAUCUGCCACGUCUACGUGGAUGCAGACGCCAGCGUGGACAAGGUCAUCAAGAUUGUCAGAGAUUCCAAGUGUGACUACCCUGCCGCCUGUAAUGCCAUGGAAACGUUGUUGAUUCACCGGGACAUCCUCAGGACCCCGCUGUUUGACCAGAUCAUCGACAUGCUGCGUAAUGAAAGGGUAAAGAUUCACGCCGGCCCUCGAUUUGCUUCCUACCUGACGUUCAGCCCCUCAGAGGCCAAAUCCCUGCGGACUGAGUAUGGCGACCUGGAGUGCUGCAUGGAGGUGGUGGACAGCACAGAGGACGCUGUGGACCAUAUCCAUAAGUACGGCAGCUCCCACACAGACGUUAUCGUCACAGAAAACGAGGACACAGCGGAACGGUUCCUGCAGCAGUUAGACAGCGCCUGUGUCUUCUGGAACGCAAGUUCACGGUUUGCUGACGGCUAUCGCUUUGGACUGGGAGCGGAGGUAGGCAUCAGCACAGCUCGUAUCCACGCCCGGGGCCCUGUGGGCCUGGAGGGUCUGCUCACCACCAAGUGGGUGCUGAGGGGUGAAGGACACACCGUGGCCGACUUCACAGAGCACGGCACCAUGAAGUACCUCCAUGAAAACCUGCCCGUCUCACAGCCGCUCACCGGGCAGAGGGACAGCAACUAGAAAGAAACACAAAAAACACACACUUUUGAUGAAAUCUCUACUAACUCCCACCAACAGAUUCAGUGGAUCUUGCGUCGCUGAAAAGGGCUGAUGAAAGAAAGGCAGAAGGGAAGAUGUGGCUGUUUGUUAACGGCUGAAGCACAACAUGAAGAGAGGCGCUCGACACACCACAGGAUGGUCCCUCGGCAUGACCGAGCUUUUUAAAAGCAUCUCAUACAAGUCUGCAAUGGUUGAAGUUCUACCUCAUCAGUUAAAUGGGCUGUUUUCUAAUGACGAGGCAUUUUCAGGUGAUCGCAGUGUUGUUGUUUUUUUUUUUUUAAUUAAUAGUUUUUCCUCAAGAUCUAAUGUAAGCAAAUAGUUGAGGGUUGUUCUGGUAACUUUUGCUGCUGUUUCCAUUCAGGGCUGAGAAAACCAGUACUUGUUAUCUUGUACCCAUUCAAGCUAACGUGUGAUUAUGUAUAA